AUGAAGUUCGCGCACGACUUCAAAGAGAUCCUCGCCAGCCAAGGCUUUCCCGCCCAUUGGGUCACCCGAGCGAUUCCUUACAGCCAGCUCAAGAAAUGUCUCAAAAAGGUGCAACGAGAAUUGCAGGACCUUGGCCUCGACCCCGAAACUCUCCGUGACCUACUGGACCCGGAUCCUUCGUCUUCGGUCGCCCUCCAAUACAAGCUCAAGGCGACGGAUUCCAACUUUGUCCGACCGAAACUCACCGUCAACGUGCACAUAUCCGAUGGCGUCAUCGUUGAUGCUUCGUUAACGCCAACCUCGCGCCGUUUCUUCGAGCGCAUCGCCUCAGACCUUUCCGUUGACCGACUGCUGCCCACGCCCUUCUCGGAACGCACUAUAACGGACAUGCGGCAGGUCGAGAUGCCUCCUCCACCCGCCGACGACGCGACCGCCCCCGUUCCGGGUGGCCGUGUCGUCUACGAGACCAUCGAGGUGCCGCUGGUCUUCAACAGCGAAUUUUUCGACAUACUUCAGAGCGAGGUCAAUGACCUCGAUGCCCUCCAGGUGGAGGAGGAGAAGAGGAUGACGACCGAGGUGGUUCAGCUUGGCCAGGAGGUCUCCCGGGUAUCCAAACCCACGCGCUUCUCCAAGAACGAUCUCGCCCGCUGGCGUCGCAUAUUCGAGCUGUACCUGGAUGCCGAAGUCUUCUUCGCCACCCAUGAGCACGACCACGGCCCGAGAACGAGCAAGAAGGCGCUCGAGCAGCUGCAGUGGUUCCGCGCCGAGGUCGAAAGGCGCCAGCUUGCUCACGAUUUCAAGCUCGAGGAAAGCAAAAUGGCCUUUGCAAGAUUUCUCAGCCUCAAUUCUAGCUUGCUCAAGAAUCUUCAGUUCCAGGAGCUGAACAAGCUAGCCGUCAGCAAAAUCCUCAAGAAAUUUGACAAGCGAACAUCCCUAUCCGUGUCAAAAGUAUUCCCCACCGUCCUCCAGCCCGAAGGCGUCCUGUCGCGAGACAUGGCCAAGGUUGUGUGCGCCCACAUGUCUCAGGAGCUCGUCUCCGUCGUACCUCAGCUCAACGACUACCUGUGUCCCGUGUGCUUCUCCGUUGCCUACCGGCCGGUUCGGCUUGAUUGCCAGCACGUUUUCUGCAUACGCUGCGUCAUCAAGAUACAGCGACGCCAGGAGAAGCAUUGCCCUUUGUGCCGUGCCGACGUGGUUCUGCAUGCAUCAGCGGACAACCUCGACCAAAAGCUUGAAAAAUACAUGAAAAAGUACUUUUCGAAAGAGGUCAAGGAAAAGCAGCGUGCCAACGACAUGGAGCGCGGGCUCGAAAGUUUUGGACCAGGAUACACGCCCCUCGAAUGCGUCAUCAUGUGA